AGAACUACAAUCCCAUAAUCCUGUGCGGUGUGCCGUUCACCCCGCCCCUCCCUCCUGUCAGCUGUAGUCCUCCUGCUGAUCAGCAGCAUCAGACCGAACCGGGCCAGGACCAGGACCAGGACCACCGGACCAUGUUUCUGUUACUGCUCAUCGCGGGGCUCGGCCUCGUGACGCUGCUGCUGCUUUUAUUCGCGCCACACAUCCGAACCUAUGCUGCAGGAGGAGUGUGUAAGUCCACAGCUCGUCUGGAUGGGAAGACCGUCCUCAUCACCGGAGCAAACACUGGCAUUGGGAAGGAGACUGCCUUGGAUUUGGCAAAGAGAGGUCACUUCCUGUUGACGUACCUCCUGAUUGGGCUGCUGAAGCGCAGCGCUCCAGCUCGCAUCGUCGUGGUCUCCUCUCUGGCGCACAACUUCGGCUGGAUUCGUUUCCAUGACCURCACAGCCAGGGCAGCUACAACAGCGGACUGGCGUACUGCCAGAGUAAACUAGCUAACGUGCUGUUUACCAGGGAGCUAGCRCGCAGGCUCAAAGGAACCAACGUGACGGUGAACUCUGUCCACCCGGGGACGGUGAACUCAGACCUGACCAGACACUCCACCAUCAUGACCAUAUUGUUCAUGGUCUUCUCCAUGUUCCUGAAAACUCCAAGAGAAGGAGCCCAGACCAGUGUUUACUGUGCUGUGGCCGAGGAGCUGCACUCUGUCUCUGGGCAGCACUUCAGUGACUGCUCUCCGGCCUUCGUUGCCCCUCAGGGCAGAAGUGAGGCGACGGCGAGGAGGCUGUGGGACGUCAGCUGCCAGCUUCUGGGCAUCGACUGGAACUGACUCGACCUCUGUCCUGGUGGAGCRUCUGGACUUUCUGCACCAGUGGGAACAUCUUAGCUGUGUUUCAGGAAGCAGUGAAAAUCCUGAGUAAGUCCUGGGGGAACUCUGUGCACAUCCUGGGUCUUUGGUUUCAGAAACAUAGAAUUAUCCUGAGUUAACUUACCCAGCCCUGCUCUGUAGCAGGAUUACUUGAACAAAGCCUGAGUUUGGUUGUUACUGUUCUUUAAUAAAUGUGGGGUUCUCCAUCUUUAAUAUUUCUAGUUCCAGUGGCACGGUCUUAUUGUUAUCUGACUUCCACUGAUGAGGGCUUCUUUUUUACUCCUGCUCCAACUGAACUCAGGGUAACUUAAGUCAGGAUUGAMUUAUUCAGCUGUUCUGAACCCAAACCUCCUGAGGAUGACAGAGGUUAACUCUGGGUACAUACCCAGGGUUUGUUCAGCUGCUCUCUGAAACAGGACGUCUGUGCUGAGCUGUCAGGUUUAUUAUGUAAAUAAUAAAACUAUGUGACGUUCUUGGUUUGUGUGAAAUGAUUAAAUAAUUCUGAGGAUAAACUGGUGCUCCUCACAGCAGAAGCAUCAUAUCAAUAAAGAKUUUAAUGAUUAUUUUUGUGACACAAUGUGAAUAAAUCCAGAGCAAAAACUGAACUAAUGCAGGGUAAAAACAGCCUGUUUACUGACYGGAUUGGUUGGUUUUUCUCUCCAAUUAACUUUUUUUAAAAGACGUUUUGUCAGCAUUUCCUGAAAGGAAAAGAUGAAGUCAGGUYUUGGAGAACAUGUCACAGUUAGAACAUGAAGAUGAUGUUUGUCUUCUGUUUGGAACUGGAAGCAGACUCAUCACUUCAGAGGGUUUUUAACCUGUUUGUCGGUUCAAUCCUCAGUUUCUGAAGGAAACAUUUAACUCCUGUUUCCUCUCAGGACCUCCAGCUGCAGGUCAGGUCUGUGUUAAACUCACCUUUACUGAACAUCUGUGUUAAACUCACCUUUACUGAACAAAUCUAUAAUGUGAAGAGUUGAAUGUUUACAUUUCAUAAACAGAAACAUCUUUACAAGUGUGCUCGUUUCAAUGUUUGGAUUCUGUUUAAAAUA